AUGUAUCGCUAUAAACGUCAUCCGUUAUUAUCAUAUCUACCUCGCAUGGAUUUCUUUCGAGUUUUACGAGUCUGUUGCUUAUUCGCAUGCGUCUUAUGUCUAAUUCUUCAAUACAUAAUUGUCAAAUUGUUCUAUUCGGACGAAGAAUUCGUCGUCGAAAGCACGCAGCUCGAUCCGAAUACACCAUUAACAAUCAAUCUGACGUCAUUUGCUGUUUGUCAUUCACAGGAUUUAUACUUGGAUAAUUUAAACAUUCAAUAUCACGGUCGAUAUCCCGACAAGAACAAACAAGUAUGCUUUCUAGUUGAACAUCUCGAUGGUGGACCAUGGUGGUCGUAUGUUACACAUGAAUUUGCGGAAAUACUUGCAAGUUUAAAAGAAUUUGGUCGCUCAUCGAAUAUCACGUAUCGAUCAUUUUCUGAUCAGACGAAAAUAACUCACAAAACAAAUUUAACGAAAUAUUUUCUCGACGCUUGUGGAAUCGAUGAAAACAUCGCUUCGGACAGGGAACGGCCUGUAAUUAUUCUCCUUUGGGACGUCAAUCAGCUGUUUUGGUAUCGAAUGCGACGCGAGUGGGAGUUGUUUUUCAAUUCUGUCCGAGCACGUGUUGUGGUCUUUAUUGAUGAUCUACAUUUUACCUCAUCGAAUACUCUAGCUAGUCGACAAUACUUAUUCGAAUCAGUCGCAUCGGAAAUUCUCUCGACAUACGCAUAUCUUUUUCAUAAUUACUAUAAAAAAAUUCCGUCAGAGAAGAUCACCUGGAUACCGCAUGCAGCAUCAUCCUUAACGAAUCGAACUAUCAAUCAAACGGCAUUGAAUAAGCUUUUCGUUUCGGGUGCAAAUAUUCCUGAAUGGUAUCCAUGUCGUGCGCAUGCUUUUGCCCUAUGUCAUCAACGAAAAGAUUUGGCAUCUUGCCUGAAACAUCCUGGUUACGGUCCAACGAUGCGCACCAGCAAAGCAUAUUAUUACGGGGGCGAAAGAUACUUUUCGUACAUGAGACAGUUUCGGUUUGGCUUAGGUACAUGUCAAUCAGUGCAUUAUGCUGUUGCGAAAUUAUUUGAAAUACCAGCCAAUGGUCUUGUUCUUGUUACAACACAUGAUUUGAUAUCCGUACUUGAAAAGCUUCAUCUGAAACAAAAUACACAUUUUUUAACUGUGAAUUGUUCGUCAACGAAUUCUCUAAAGAAUGAAGUUAUGCAUCUGCAAAGUCUUCCGAAGAAAGCAAUGUAUGAGAUACAAAAGCAAAGUCAAGAUAUCGUCUACGACCGUCAUCUAACCAGACAUCGAGCAGAACUUAUACAUGUUCGACUAUUAGCACAAUCCUUACUUGUUACUUCGGUAUCGCCAGAAGGAAAUAUUCAAUGGGAAGGAUGGGGAAGAAAUUGCUGA